GGGAAGGGGGGUUGCACAAUGUCCCUUCCGCUGUGACACCCUUUAAACCCGCGCGUCCUGCCCUGCCCCUCCAGUCUGCCGAGGCACCGAGGGCAGCGAAGAAGGACCAGGUAACAGAGGGCUUUUCCUGGCAAGUGGACGAGAUCUUUCCUUGAGGGCCGUGCUGGAGAGAGCCUGAAGAGGACGGGAGAGUGGCUGCAGCUCAAUUCUGGAGAAAGACGUGCCACUACCGCUGUUCCUGAUGUCUCUGUGUGUGCCUGCUCCAGUCUGCACAAGCAGCUGCAGUGCCAGGCAAAGCAGGGAAAGCAAAGCAGCUACAGAUUUGAGGGGCUGUGGGAGGAUGUGUGCCUUAUCAGGGUGUUCCUUAGGGUGGAAGACGUGGAAGAGCUGCAUCUAGCUGAGCUCCAAGCAGCACCUGAGGCUUACCUGCACCAGACACUGCCAGCCCACAUCUCUAGUGGCCAAGCCCUUUGCUGCAAGCAUGGAUGUUGUGGAGAGGGUCCUCUCUGUGGCCCAGGUCAUCUAUGCCCAAUUGGAGCAGGUGAAGUGCUGUAGGCACCAGUGCCAGCGCCUCGUGGAGCGCAUCCAGAUUCUGCUGGAGCCUGUGAGGAUCCUUAGGGCUCAGCCACGACAUCACAUCUCCCACCAUGAAGAGGAACUGAUGAAAAAGCUGCUCCGGGCAUUGGGGGAUGCCCAGAAACUGGUGAUGAAAUACAGCCAGACCAGCUGGAUCCAGAAGUUCCUGCGAGCCCGAAGUACUGGUGAGGAGUUUGUCUGGGUGAACGAAAGCCUGGAGGACAUUGCCCAGGGGCUCUCGCUCCUGCUGCAGGCAGAGCAGAAGCAGGCUUUCCUGGAAGCUUUCCAGUCAAAGACAUGUCGCAGGCAGGAUGCUGAGGACCUGAGGGAUGACAGAGCUUUCUUGGAGCAGGUGAUUGCAAGUACUGAGGAGCCCAAAGAUGUGGUUGAGGAGAUCUACAUUGACAGGGAGUGUAUGGAGAGCAAGGUGGACUGGAUGCAAAAUGAACUGAACAAAGUAAUUCGUGAGAUGGAGCGCUUGAAGAAGGUCAAGGUUGAUAAAAGAGAAGACAUCACUGAGAUCAAGCGAGACCAGCUCACUUUCCACAGGCACCUGCAGGACACAGAGAGCUAUGAUCUUUAUGAGGGCGAGUACCUCAAGUACCCUGUUGCCAUCAAAACCUUCAAGAGGCCACUGACCACUGACCCAGUCAAGGUGAGAGACAUCUUUGAGAAGGAGAUUCAGACCCUGAAGAAGUUUGAGUCUCCAAACAUCCUGCGCAUGUACGGGAUCUGCAUUGAGGAGAAGGAUGGGAGCCCCUGUUUCUCCAUCGUCAUGGAGUACUGUAAGCAUGGGACACUGCGGGAUGUGCUGAACAAGCAGCAGCAUCUUUCCUGGGAUAUCCGCAUUCGGAUGGCCCUGGGAGCUGCCAGAGGCCUUUACAGGUUGCACCAGACAGGGGAGAAGUCCCGACUCCAUGGCUGCAUCUGCAGUAGCAAGUUCCUGGUGGCUGGGGAUUACUGUGUGAAGCUGUCAGGAUUUGAGUUGUGUGAAACAGAAUCAUCCAUCAAGAGGAAAGCCAAGAAGAACUGGAAACAAGUCUCUAUGUUGGCUUACAUCGCUCCAGAGAACCUGAAAGACAUCAACUACCCUUACAAGAGGCCCUGUGAAAUAUACAGCUUUGGGAUCGUUCUGGCAGAGAUUGCAACCUCCAAAAUCCCAUUUGAAGGCUGCACUCCUGAGGAGAUCGUGGAGAAAAUCUGCAAUCACCAUUACUGGGACCCUCUUGGGGAUGAUUGUCCUGAAGACCUGAGGAAAGUCAUUGAACAGUGCCGGGCCUUUGACCCUUCUCAACGCCCUUCUGCCGAAGAAAUUGUAGACUCGCUGGCUGACCUGGAGAAAAGCAGAAACCAAGGAAGUUAACUGUGGAAAACGGGGCCGGGUGACCAGGGGCAGCAAGCCCAGGGGUGCCACUCGCCCCUCUUCCCCCUCACAGAGACUGAUGGUUCAAUACUCACGUGUUUGUUUCUGUGUGUGACACCUUCGCCUCGCCAAGGCCAUGCCUGGGUGGCCUUGGAGACUUGAGGAAAGGCUGUCAAGAAGCCUAGGGGGACCAGAGGGAUGGAACACAGCUUCUUUUACAAGAAAAGACUGAGGCAGUUGAGCCUGUUCAGCCUCGAGAAGAGACAACUGAGAGGAGACCCCAUCAGUGUCUGUCCCUUUUUGAAGAGAGACUUCAGAGGAUGGACCAGGCUCUGCAACAGGACAAGAGCCAAGGGGCAGAAAAUGAUACAUAGGAAGUUACACUUGAAUAUGAGGAAUAACUUCUUUACUGUGCGGGUGAUCAUACACUGGAACACUGCCCAGAGAGGGUGUGGAGUUUUCCUCACUGGCAACAUUCCAGAAACAUCUG